AGUUGGGAAUAUGGAUGUUGGACAGGCGUUGUUUACAAUGGCUCGAGUCUAUGAUGCUGGUCAUAUUUUCGUGUGCAAGAACCGGUCAUUGGCACAGCGGAAGAAACCUCAUGAUGAAGCAUUACUGACCCAUCCUGUCAUGGAUGUCAGCCGAUUGUCACAGCAGAUUGUGGAUGGCUAUGAUUACUGCAAUAGUGAGGUCACUUUACAACAGAGUGCGGGCAGGAGAGGGGUUUUAGAAGCAAGCUGGACGCUCGUGGUGCCAAUGAGUUUCGACCAUCUUCCUGUGCUUGAUUCUUUGGGUGGGCUACUUCCAGGCGAGACUCGCAGUGGCCGUUAUUAUGCAGGGAUUGGAGGCGGUGGUGGUUCUGACGUUAUUAGCGCCAGUCUUUUGGGUCAUUUGCUAAGAGCCAGUGGCAAAGAAAUGAAUCUUGUGGUGUCGACACGGACUUGGAGGACUGGGUCACAGGGUGCCAAAGGAAGUAAGAUGGGUAUCAGGCGAGAGAUUCAUCAACAUGGGGGGCAAGCGAUGCUAAACAACAGCCCAGUUCCAGGGACAUAUCGAGUCACCAAAGAGACAUACAGCGAAGGUCGAGACCUUGAGACUGUGCCCGUUGGUCACCAUAAGGAUAUUUACCUUGUGCUGGAUCAGGGAGAGGAGGGCGAGGACAUUGACGAACACGAGAGGAGUCAGCUUGAGCAGCAGUUCCGCGCCGUAAUGGCGCAGCACCAAACCCUCGACACGAUCAUCGCGGUAGACACGGGAGGAGAUGUGUUUGGGGCAGAUUCCACGACUUUCAGCACCCCAGACCAGGACCUUAGAGUGCAGCGAGCAUUGUCCCAUCUUUCCAACCUCUAUCCUAGUCUGGUCACUGCUGUACUGGCACCUGGGGUGGAUGCGCCCAGCAAUGCCCCAGACAAGGCACAGAUGGCUGGGGGCAAAGUAUACAAGCUCUCGUCUGAGGAGAAGGAUAAGCUGCUGGGGCUGCUCGGCGGUGAGUAUCGCAUGGAUGGCUCAGACACCGGACGAUUUGGCAAGACAACCUUGAGCCUACAAGAGGCACUGAAGGGCAUCCGUGGUUGGGCAUGCCUCAAUCUUCCAGGACAUGUGGUAGACACGUGGGAGAAUCCUUGGAGUUGUUUUGUGUACAUCAGAGAUUGCAUGACUGACAUUGUGUUGAUGCCUCUAGAGGGGCUUUUACCGUUGAUAGAGGCAAUGUAG